AAACGGAUUGAGUGAGAUAGCUGUUUAGCCAUUUAUAUAUACGACGGAGUUCACUCUUAGGGUUAGGGUUUAUUCGGCGGAUCGCAAUCUUCUUCUUCUCAGAGCUACCGAGCUUUUGUUUCAGCCGAAGGAUCUCUCUACUGAGUCACCAUGGGUAAGACACGUGGUAUGGGAGCUGGUCGUAAGCUGAAGUCUCACCGUAGAAGGCAGAGGUGGGCUGACAAAUCUUACAAAAAAUCUCAUCUUGGAAAUGAAUGGAAGAAGCCAUUUGCUGGUUCUUCCCACGCCAAGGGCAUAGUACUUGAGAAGAUUGGUAUCGAGGCCAAGCAACCUAACUCUGCCAUCAGAAAAUGUGCUCGAGUUCAGUUGAUUAAGAAUGGGAAGAAGAUAGCAGCCUUUGUGCCCAAUGAUGGUUGCUUAAACUACAUUGAAGAGAAUGACGAGGUGUUGAUUGCAGGAUUCGGACGUAAAGGCCAUGCCGUCGGAGAUAUUCCUGGAGUCAGGUUCAAAGUUGUGAAGGUGUCUGGUGUGUCUCUUCUUGCCCUCUUUAAGGAGAAGAAGGAGAAGCCUAGGUCUUAGUUUAGCUGUGGGACUUGUAAUACCGCUUUUUUAAUGUUUUAUUGGAGGAGGAUGGUUUAGCUACCCUUCAGUUGAGGGGAAUUUUCGAACGGUUCAAUUACCGAUUUUGCAGUAUCCAGUGGCCUGAUUUUGGCAUCAACUUUCAGUUUUAUGUUUUCCUGAAGAUGGAUCUAAUUAGACUUGCUUUAUA